AGGUUAGUCAGUACAGAAUGUUAGUUUCUUUGAUUGCUGGAUACAGCAUUGUCUUAUCCUGCUCUUUAAGUAAUUGUUAAUGUUGCUGUUGUAUGGGGUUUAAAUUUUGAAAACAACUGUUCAUCAGUCAAAAUGACCUAAAACAUCAGACGAAAGGAAAGAAAGCAUUGGAGAUACUUGGCUGCAGCUGACGCAAUGGCAGAUGUUGAAGAGCAGAAUGGGGACCCUCCUUCAGCGCGGGUUAAGGAGCCUCGUAUCUGGAACUGGUCGGUCGUCUUCCUGUGUUUCUAUGGUUUCAUGUCUAUGUUAAAACCAGGAGAGCCCUUCAUCACCCCCCUUCUCCUGAGUGAAGAGAAGAAUUUCACCAAACAGCAGGUGACCAAUGAGAUCACUCCAGUCCUCUCCUAUGCCUACAUGGUAGUCCUGGUGCCAGUGUUCUUGCUGACAGACUAUCUGCGCUACAAGCCAGUCCUUAUUCUGCAGAGCCUCAGUUACAUCUCCAUCUGGCUCAUCUUGCUGUUCGGCACAACUCUGCUUGAGAUGCAGUUCAUGGAGUUCUUCUACGGCAUCACCAUGGCAGCACGGGUGGCCUAUUCCUCCUAUAUUUUCUCCCUUGUUACACCUGCCUUCUAUCAGAAAGUGGCCAGCUACUCACGGUCUUCUGUACUCAUGGGAGUGUUCACCAGCUCAGUUCUGGGCCAGCUCUGUUUCUCAUUGGGUGGUGUCACGUACUCCUCUCUCAGCAAGAUCUCCCUGGGCUUUGUUACUUUCAGCUUUGGCCUUUCCAUUUGCUUGCCAUGGCCCAAACGUAGCCUGUUUUUUAACAGGGCUAAACAAGAGGAGGCAGCUUCCACUGAGUUGGACAAGAUUAAUCCAGAUAGUCCCUCGCCCACCCAAGCUCAGCCAUUGUCAGCCUGGAGGAACUCUGUAUUUUUCCAGAUGCUGAAGGAACUCUUGAACUUGGUAAAGUUACCCCAGCUGAGGCUCUGGAGCCUCUGGUGGAUCUUCAACUCAGCAGGUUAUUAUCUGAUGGUGUACUAUGUACAUAUUUUGUGGAAUGAAGUCUACCCACCUGAUGAAAACAGACGAGUGUAUAAUGGUGGAGUGGAUGCAGCUUCUACUCUUCUUGGGGCUAUAGCAUCAUUCAUCGCUGGCUUUGUGAAAAUCCGCUGGUCCCUGUGGUCUGAGCUUGUGAUUGGCAUUAUAACUGGCAUUCAGGCUGCCUUGCUGUUGUUAAUGACCACCACAUCAGAAAUCUGGGUGUGCUACGUGGCAUAUGCCCUCUUCAGAAGUUUCUACCAGUUCCUUGUUCCUAUUGCAAUUUUUCAGAUUGCUUCCUCCCUCACAAAAGAACUGUGUGCCUUGGUUUUUGGAGUCAAUACUUUCCUAGCCACCAUUUUGAAAACUAUCAUCACAAUCAUUGUUGCAGACAAGAGAGGACUGGGGCUAGCUGUUCACCCUCAGUUUUUCGUUUACUUUGGCUACUUCACACUGCUGACAGUUUCCUACUUUGGAAGUGCUGCCUAUGUCAUCAUAAAGCACUUUCGCAAGACGAGACAUGCGCUUAAGGGCUUUAAGACCGUCAUUGUGGGGAAUGACGGUGUAGAGAGACGUGAUAUCCAUGACAAUGGGUCGUCCAGGGGUGUCGGGUUUGUGGACUCUGGGAAGGAGGUAGAAUUGGGAUACCUGGGGAUGUUUGGUGAUGAGAUGGUUCGCCUCUUGUGGCAGCUCCUGGUUGCUGAUAAGAAGAGAGAUAGUGGAUACCACUUCCUUCUGGUAGUCAGUGGUAGGAUCCUGUUGGAGAGGACAGUAGGCAGAAGUAUCGGUUAA